AGGAGUUGAGUUGAGAUGCCGACAGUUUUUUUUCUUAAAUAUAUUCUUAUCAUUUCUAAAAUAAUGUUUUAUUUGUAUUACUAUUUAUGUAAAAAAUAUUAUUCAUCCAUUUUCUUUACUGGCUUUAAUAUUUUCUUAAUAUAUUUUAUUUUAAAAUAUUUUUUAUUCAAUGGAUUAAAUACAAAAUAAUAACAUUAAAAUACUAAAUUUAUUUUAAAAUUUUUAAGAAUAUUUGUUUAUUUAAAUAUAAUAUAUUUCUAUAUAUUUGUAAUAUUCGAUUGUUUAAAUAUUUGGACUUUGUUUGCAUUGGUUUGAUCCUAAAUGCAGCCCAGUGGAACCCGUUGAAGGGUUGAUUGUCUUUCUCGUCAAGACACACCAGCACGUUACCGCUGCAGAAUGAACAGUCCAAGUCAAAGUCCUCACAGGUGGACAACAACGAGUGAAGAAUAUUAGCAGAAGUGGACCCCCCAGUCUUCAGUUUUUCAGCGGCAGGGUUUUUUUUUCUGGAGUGUAUUUUGUGCUCACUUGUUUACUUUCACUGUCACCACUAGAGAAGAAAUCAGUUUUACCCUUCACUUGAGUACAUUUGCACAAGAUGUUUGUUGUAUUUUUUACAUUUCUGUGCAGCUGCUGUGCCCCCCGUGGACCAGGUGAUGUACGUUCAGAGUUGGCCACAAGUGACUCCCAACAAAGUGAGUCAAAUGUUCCAUUUCCAUCGAGUAAUCCGAUUAACUUUUUACAGAAACAAGGCGGCAUCUGUGGCCCGUGGAUUCCUGACGACGGCAAAAUCGUCACGCACACCGUGUCCAAAGCCGGCAGGAUGAGUCAGACAUAUUGGACGUCAAAGGUAGUUUAGCAUAUGUUGCCAUCAUGUCUGGUGGGAUACAUCGUGGGUGUCAGCGGACGUGUCUGUGGCGCUCUUCCAUCCAGGUGGUGCUGAUCCAUGUGGGAGUCACGUCGGUCAUCGCUCAUGUCAAAAUUGGAAAAAUGCAUGCAGCUUUGGAAUCCAAAGUGCUGGUUGUCAGCGCUCAAGUGUGCGGCGAUGACGUCUGCGAGGCGGAGGAGAACUGUCUCAACUGUCCUGCAGACUGCGGCAUCUGUCCCAUGUCCAACGCCAUCAAGGUGUCCAUCGGCCUUCCUGUCGCUCUUUUCAGCGCCGGCUUCAUCCUGACCAUGGUGUGGCUCCAGUACCAGAAGCAGAAGAUGUUCUGGGAUGAAAGCUGGAUCAUUAACUACAAGAAUUUAAUAUUUGGCAGACUGUGUGGUACAGACUAUGGCAGUGCCAACAGCCCCCCGCAUGGGAAGAGUACCUCCAACGUCAGUCAGCUGACAGACAUCACCCUGUGCACUGGCGUCAACGCCUUCUUCAAGCAGGGCUUCAUCCGGCCUGGCAUCUACGAUGGGAGAACCGUGGCCGUCAAACACGUCCAAAAGAAACACUUCACUCUCUCUAAGAGCAUCAGGAAGGAAGUGAAGGAGGUCAGGCAGCUGGACCACCCCAACAUUUGUAAGUUCAUCGGGGGUUCCAUCGAGGUUCCCUAUGUGAGCAUCAUCACAGAGCACUGCCCCAAAGGAAGCCUGUCUGAUGUCCUCCUCAACGAUGACAUUCCAAUCAACUGGGGUUUCAGACUGUCCUUCGCUACUGAUGUUGCCCGUGGGAUGUCCUACCUGCAUCAACACAAGAUGUUUCAUGGGAGGCUCCACUCCAGGAACUGCGUGAUUGAUGAUCGCUGGGUGUGCAAAAUCUCAGAUUACGGCCUCACGCUGUACAGAAAGGAGGACAUUGAUGCUGUCAGUAAUGGGCUCACCUGUAGGGACAUAAACCACAUCUACUGCGCUCCAGAGGUCUUCAUGGGAAGCAGCGUGACCGUGACGGCGGCAGCAGACAUCUACAGCUACGCCAUGAUCCUGGUCGAGAUAGCCACGCGCUCUGACCUCGUCUCACAGGACCAGGGGGAGGGAGCGAGGACGGACAUGUCGUGGCGCCCCCCUCUGCCGGAACUCAAAGCAGGAAAAAGCGACUUGGACUGUCCCGGUCAAGAAGACUAUUGUGAGCUUAUCAAGAGGUGCUGGUCUCACAAUGUCGCCAUGAGGCCCACGUUUGAGCAGGUGAAGAAGAUGCUGGACAAGAUCAACCCGCACAAAGUCAGCCCCGUGGACAUGAUGAUGAACCUGAUGGAGAAGUACAGCAAACAUCUGGAGGCCAUCGUCGCUGAGAGAACGCAAGACCUUCUUCAAGAGAAACAGAAGACGGACCGCCUGUUGUACAGCAUGUUACCGAAGCCCGUGGCUGAUGACCUCCGCCAAGGCCGAACUGCAGAAGCACAGAGCUUCUCCAACGCGACUGUCUACUUCAGUGAUAUUGUGGGCUUCACUCAGCUGUCGGGGGCCAGCACACCCCAUCAGGUCGUAGACUUCCUCAACCAGCUCUACACCAGUUUUGACGACAUCAUCGACAAUUACGACGUCUACAAAGUGGAGACAAUCGGCGACGCUUACAUGGUGGUCUCAGGCGUCCCCAGAGAAAACGGCAUCAAUCACGCGGGGGAGAUAGCCAGCAUGGCCUUGGAUCUCGUCAACGUUUGCCACACGUUCAAGAUCCCGCACAAGCCGGACACGCAGCUGAAGAUACGUGCGGGCAUCCACUCAGGACCGGUUGUGGCUGGUGUGGUUGGGACUAAAAUGCCACGUUACUGCCUGUUUGGGGACACGGUCAACACGGCGUCACGGAUGGAAUCAACUAGUGAAGCUUUGAAGAUCCAGGUGAGCGGCGCCACUGCUGAACUGCUUCACACGCUGAGAGGAUACUUUCUCACCUGUAGAGGAGCACUCAAUGUCAAGUUCCACAUGUCCAAAAGGAGUAGGAAGAAGCAGAGCUUAUUUAAUCCUACCCCCCAUCUCUUCUACAUCUGUUACAACACUUGUUAUUCACACAUGUAUACAUAUACAUAUACAUAUACAUAUACAUAUACAUAUAUAUAUAUAUAUAUAUGUGUGUGUGUGUGUGUGUGUGUGUGUGUAUAUAUGCACAUAUAAUGAACCUGACAGAACAUCAUUGUGAUAAUCAAGACUCUUCUGCCUUGUAUUUAGCAAACAUCAACUGCUUGUAUUGUUUUUGAAUGUGCUCAUCUCUGUACUUUGUUUGAGUUCCUUACUCAAUCCGUUCCAUAGUUUAAUUCCACACACAGAAAUGCUGUGGCUUUUCAGCGUAGUUCUGGCGUAUAAAUGUUUUAAGUUGAAUUUUCCUCUAAGAUCAUAUUUCUCCUCUCUGAUUGAGAAAUACUGUUUGAAGUUUUUUGGUAACGAGUUAUUAACUUUAUGCAUUCUUCUGGCGGUUUGAAAGUUUACUAAAUCUGCAAAUUUUAAUACCUGUGAUAUUAAAAAUAGAGGGUUUGUAUGUUCUCUAUACUUGGCAUUAUGAAUAAUCCUCACUAAUAUGUAUUAAAAAUAAAGGUGUGUAUGUUGUCUAUACUUGGUAUUAUGAAUGAUCAUCACUAAUAUGUGAUAUUAAAAAUAAAGGUGUGUAUGUUGUCUAUACUUGGUAUUAUGAAUGAUCAUCACUAAUAUGUGAUAUUAAAAAUAAAGGUGUGUAUGUUGUCUAUACUUGGCAUUAUGAAUGAUCCUCACUAAUAUGUGAUAUUGAAAAUAAAGGUUUGUAUGUUGUCUACCCAUAUCUCCACACAAUACAUUAAAUAUGCUAAUACUAAAUAACAGUACAGGAUGUGGAGUGAUUUUUGAUCCAGAACAUAUUUUGCUUUAUUCAAUAUAGAGAUAUUUCUCGCCACCUUUUGUUGUAUAUUUUUAAUAUGAGAUUUCCAACUCAUUUUUUCAUCUAUUAUAAUCCCCAGGAAUUUAUAUUCUUCCACUCCUUCAAUAUCCACUCCAUUAAUUUGCAUUUGGUCGUACGUGUCCCUUCUGCUAUUUCCAAAUAGCAUUAUUUUAGUUUUACUUAAGUUCAGGGAUAAUCUGUUCCUGUCAAACCAUGACUUUAAUAUGACCUUUUCAUGCUUGACCUUUUUAAUGAGUUCUUGUGUGCUUUCUCCACAACAAAAGGCAGUUGUGGGGGUGGGUCACUGGUGAUGUCUUGCAGCUCAGGCGUGGCCCGGGCUGCUACUCCCUGCCCCGCCCGUCCAUUAUGAGCCCAAUGCUUUAUUGAUGAUUCUGAUGGUUGUGUUGAACC